AUUACCUGUUAUAUGGUUGUAUUUCUACGUUAGAAUAAUUUUGUGAGACAAUUUCGUUCUGCGAGCUGUGCAUCUGAAGAAGUAGAGUAACGUAGAGCCGUAAACAAUGUCGAGCGCGGAAUCACUCGCGGAAGUGACGGACGUUGUGCAAAUCCUUCGGCAAUGGGAGGAAGAACAGAAUUCUUUAACCUACGAUCCUAUUCCUAUCCUUCAAAGAUUGGCGGAAAUAAUAGAGCUGGAAACGGAGAAUUAUCUGAAGAUGGAUCCGGAUCCGUUCGAUGAGAGACACCCAUCACGUACUGAUCCGGAAUGUAACUUUGGCCAUAUAUUGAAGGUUCUUUUUAGAAAAGAUAACUUUAUGACGAAGUUAAUAAACGACUACUUAAGAGAUACUUACUGGACUCGGGCGGGAGUAAACGGGAGGGAUGUCAGGAAGCUGAACAUCGCCGCCUGUCGCCUGAUGCUGGACAUACUUCCCGGACUGGAGACUUCAGCGGUAUUUCAGCCGGACAUGGAGGGCCUGAUACACAGAUUAUUCUCCUGGGCGGAAAAGAGCGUCGAGCCACUGCAAAGUUACUCGACCGGUCUUCUGGCAGCUGCGAUGGAAGUGCAGGACAUCGCCACGGGUUUCAGGGAACAGAACGCCAAGAUGGUGCCGCUGAUGCUGCAACGGUUGCACAAGUUGCAGCAGAGAGCGCACGAGGAUCGUCAGGUAGUGCCAAACGCCAGGCCGUUCGCUCACUUCGGUCAAGAUCAACGGAACAGUAACGACUCCGACAACAAAGGCGUGCCCGGCAAGCGGAAGGUGCGAGACAAACGGCACGAGAACGGCAUCGCGAAGAGCCCGGCGCAGGACUCGCUCUUCUCCGACGAGGACGACUCGACGCGCAAUUUCGACGAUAUGCCAGUCUCCAAAAAGAAGAGGAGCAACUCCGACUGCGAGCAGACACCGGUGAAGAGUAACAACGACACCUCGUACCCCGAGAUCAUGUCCCCGCCCCUGUGCAUACCGAAAACGCCAAACAACUCGGUCAGCUCGCAAGUGACGCCGUCCAAACAAAGUGGCGUGCAGCUGUCGUCGAGAAACGCGAACGUGCCUUGUGUUCGUAAUCUGCAGAAGUCGUCCGGUCUGUCGCUCAACUCCAGCGCGCAUUCGUCGUUGCUGGAGGGUAACUCGAAUUCGUCCUGGGCCGAGAUGGAGACGUACGUGAUCGGUAACGUGCAGAUGCACCCGCCGACGCUCGCGACACGGCAGAUUCUGAUACUGCGCUAUCUCACGCCUAUGGGCGAGUACCAGGAAUUCCUCGGCCACGUGUUCGAGCAGAACGCGCUGGAGCUGAUUCUGAAUUACAUUAAUGUGCGCGAGACCAAAGACAGCAGGCUCGCCUUCGAGGCGCUCAAAUAUCUCGCGUCGUUGCUCUGCCACAAGAAGUUCUCAAUAGAGUUCCUCAACGUUGGCGGCUUGCAACGGCUGUUGGAAGUGCCGAGGCCGAGCGUCGCGGCGACUGGUGUCUCCAUAUGCCUUUAUUACCUGGCGUACUGCGAGGACGCCAUGGAGCGUGUCUGCCUGCUGUCGAAAGCCGUCAUAUCAGAACUCGUGACCUACGCCUUGUGGUUGCUGGAACGCAGCCACGACUCCGGCCGAUGUCACGCGACCAUGUUCUUCGGUUUCUCCUUCCCGUUUAAAGUAAUCCUGGAAGUGUUCGACGCACAGGACGGCUUGAGGAAACUGUUCAACGUGAUAUCUACAUUGUCUAUUCUGAAUAUCGAAGAGGAGCCGACUAUAAACGAUGACGAAGAGUGUGCGUCGAGGCAAAUCGUAAGGCAUGUAGCUGUCGCUUUAAAAAGAUACAUGGAAGCACAUCUGCAUCUAAAAGCUGAGCAACUACAAAGAGCGGAAAAUGUUAGAAUCGACCGUGAUACGUGGCAGCCGUCUUUACCACCUUACAAGGCAUGUAAGCUCAGCAGUGAGGAAGUUCAGGCGAAGGUAGAAGUACUUCAAGAAUUGAUGUCGAUCAGAGCGGUGUGGCCACCGGUUGAGGAACUCCAUCGUUUGGGCGGUAUCACAUUGCUCCUGCAAAUCAUCGCAUUUGCUCGCGAGUGGAACUACAGUGGACGGGUACACAUUCAGCAUACUUCCAGUGCGGAGACAGUAAGAUCGUGCCUGGAUGUGAUUGCAAUUUGUUCCGUUGUUCCGAAAGUCAUGCUGCUGUUAUGUGAAAGAGUCGAUAUGCCUGAUAUGUCGAUGACAAUGGCGAUCAAUCUCUUGUUAGCUGCAGCCGAAUGCGAAAUCGUGGCGGACGCCGAUGUACAGAGAGCGGCGCUCAGAGCUCUGAUCAAUUGCGUAUGCGCUCCUAUAAACAGAGUCGGUGGAAAUGUAGCUAGAUACUCCGUAUCGGGAUCCACUAAAAAGAAGACGAACAUUCACAAUAGCGAAGAAUUGAUACAGAAAAUCUGGGAAAGCGUCAGGUCGAAUAAUGGAAUAAUGGUAUUACUACAGUUGAUGAUGGUGAAAACACCCAUCACGGACGCCGAUAGCAUACGGGCAUUAGCGUGCCGUGCAUUAGCUGGACUAGCACGUAGUGAGAAGAUUAAGCAGAUUAUCAGUAAGUUACCAAUGUUCACGGACGGGCAGAUACAGUCCCUCAUGAAAGAUCCCAUCCUGCAAGAGAAACGGCAGGAACACGUUACUUUCCAAAAGUACGCUUUGGAAUUGAUAGAAAGGGUAUCUGGUAAAGCGAAGCCAACAGGUGCCGAGUACGAGAUGUCUCUAGUUAGUUUACACAGGGCGAAUGUUGUGGCGCAAACUAGGAUACAAUAUAACGAACAACAACUCAAUCAAUUGAUUUAUCAGCAUCUCAUGUCGAAGGGUUUAACUGAAACGGCUAAUAUACUACACAGAGAAGCAAACUUAGAUUCUUCUGCAAUCAUGAAAUCUAUAGCGACAUAUCAACCGUUUACAUACCGAAAUCCCGUGAACGUAACUCCAAGGAACAGUUUUUCUCCUGGUGCUCCUGUGAAUUUAUACAAUACCAGUAGAUGUGCGUCGAGAGAAACCGCUUGUAGAAACAAUGUCACCCCAACAUCGUCAUCUCGAUUUAUAUCCCACACGACUUCAUGUUCUAGUUCACCAACUGUCAACAAUAACAUUCGAUUGAAAUUUACGGACUGCCUUAAUCAAAACGUCAUUUCGAAUAACGUAAAUCAACCGAUUAAGUUACAAAUUAGUCAGAGGAAAUCAACAUCAUCCGACAAAGCACCUCUAGUCACUUCGACUGGUUGCCAGUCUGUAGUACAGCUGCAACCUACUAGCUGUAGAUCUUUACAGAAACAAAUUUCCAGAGAUCCUGGAGGCGGUGGAGGGCCUGGUGUAGUCACCUCCAAUGUAUCUGUCACACUAGAUUCUAUUAUUACAGAAUAUCUAACCAAUCAACACGCUCUCUGUAAAAACCCCAUGGUGACGUGCGCACAGUUCAACCUUUUUGAGCCACACAAGUGUCCAGACCCGUGUAUAAAAAAUUCCUUACCUACAAACGUGACGGUGAGAUUAGCGAGACAACCGUUAGGGAUGGAUAGCAGGAAGUUAGAUAGAAGAUACAUUUACAGUCGCUUCUGUCCUGUAAAAACCUUCCGGCCUACUGACGUGGGAGGAAUCUUUACUUGUUGCGCUUUCUCGCCAUGCACACAAUACCUCAUUCUGGGCACUCAUGCUGGAGACAUCAAGAUGUUCAAUACCCAUACGGGGAUGGAAGAAGCGACCUAUCAAUGCCAUGAGUCGUAUGUGUAUCAUAUGGAAUGUAAUCAGCGUGGUAAUCUUUUACUGACCUCAACCGCUUGGCGAACUCCCAUGUCGGCGCUCUGGGAUAUGGGUUCAUUCUUUGAGAUGAAACUACCCCUGGACAACGAAGACUAUGUCGAAUUCGGGAAGUUGCAGGACAGAAUAAUUGGCACACAAGGAGAGAGUGCGACGAUAUACGAUAUAGGAACAGGGAAAUUACUAACAACCUUGACACCGUCAAUUUCGAAUCAAUACACGAAAAAUCGCGCGACAUUCAGUAUGAACGACGAGCUGGUGCUCAGCGACGGUAUAUUAUGGGAUGUUAAUUCGGGCAAGGAGAUACAUAAAUUUGAUAAAUUGAAUCAAGCGUUGAACGGGGUCUUUCAUCCGAAUGGGAUCGAAGUUGUGUCCAACACCGAAGUGUGGGACCUGAGAACGUUUCAUCUACUCAAGACGGUUCCCACUUUGGACGAAAUGGAGAUCAUUUUCUCGCCUGUCAACAAUAUUAUAUAUGCGAUGUCGUUAGACCAGGAGACUGAUGAGACUCAUUUUGCAACUUCCUUCAAGACCUUGGAUGCUUUCGAUUACAGUAAUAUCGCAACUUACGAUGUGAAAAGAGGGAUUUAUGGUCUCGCAUGCAAUAAGUACGAUACGCAGAUCGCUAUAGUGGAAAAUGCGGGUGAAUUCUCGAGUAUACAGGAAUCAUGCGUUAGAUUGUACGACGUUGGGAGACGUAGGGACGACGAAGAUGAAGCGGACGAGGACGAUGAGGAGGAAGAUCUUGACGCCAGUGAUGAUGACGGUUCGAACUCGGGGUCUGAUGAUAAUAAUGCAGACGCAGACGGUGAUAAUGCAGAUGCUGGCGCGGAGGAUAACGGCGAUGAUAACGAGCAGAACGAUCGGGAGAAUAACGAUGACGACGACGAUGACGAUGAGGAUGGUGGCGAUGGUGACGAUUCCGGCGACGAUAGUGUGGAUUACGAUCCGAACGUUGAUCUUAACGAUCUUUCAGAUGAAUUCUCCAUGUCGGACAUGGAGGAUCUGGAACUAUUGUUCUCGUGAACGUCAUUGAUAAUCCUGUGCAUAUAAACAUAUACAUAUAUACAUAUAUAUAUAUGUGUAUAAAUAUAUAUAAAUAUGAAAAGAUACGCGUUUAUGUCUGACAUGGUGCUACCUCCAUUCAACAUUUAUGCAGUUCAACAAAUUUCCACGGGGAAGAAGGCGGUUGAAAUAUUUCAAACAACGAGCCCUUGUGGCUUGUUUCCAUGUUCAUUUUUUACCGUUAACAUUGUGACGUCUCGUAUCUUAUAAUUUUAUCGAGUUUCUUUGUAAAUGUCGUGGAAGAAAUAACAAAGUAAAAUACCGAGAUUAAUGUGAUUUACGUUUGUACAUGUUGUCAUUGGGUCUAAGAAGAUACGUGCGUAUGUAAGAAUUUGAUUAAAAAAUGAUAGGCUUAUAAAUAAUUUAUGUAAAUUAUUAUAAACACGUAUUUAACACAUGCUAAGUUUUAUGAUCUCAACGCAUUUCUGCAAAAUGUUGUGUGAGACAUUUAAAUGUGACAGAGUAAUUCAAUACCGUUAACAUUUAGAAAUACUUGUGUUUGCAAUAAAAUAAUACAUUUGGGAAUUUAUUACAUCUCAUAACUUUUACAGAAUUAAAAGGAAAUAUUCUACAACGCGUUUACGUUUCGAUGGAUUAAAGAAAGAUUCAGCAGAGAAGUUAAGUUUUAUUUAUCUAAAUGAGGUGAAAAUAUAUGUAAAGGCGACCGAAAAUUUUAUAGACAUAUUUUAUUUUAAUUAAACGCAAAUGUGAUUAUGAAUAUAUAAUUAAUGUAUAAAAUAGAGGAUAUUUGUAAAAAGCUCAUUAAAUUGUGUAACUUGUUAUUAAUAAAAUAACAGGAAUUUGUAUAA